CAGUCAGGAAAUGUGUAAGAAAAGAGCGGAAAAGAGCUGUGAAAAAACGGUUUCCCACGUUGUUCACAUGAGUUUGAUGAGGCUGCGUUCCUUGGAGAGCCCACCACUGUUCAUCAUCAUCAUGAACCUAGCCAGAGAACAGCAUAAAGAAUCUGAGCUGCAGCGGCCUGGAAGUCUGCGAGGUGCUUAAAUGUGUAUUUCAGAAACAAGCUGAAGAUGCAGGGGGCCAUUGCACGAGUGUGUAUGGUGAUGGCCGCUGCCAUAUUAAACCACCCCUUGCUCUUUCCCAAAGAGAACACCACACUCCAGGACCAGGAGCUCAUAGCUCGCAUGCGGGAGCACGAGGAGAGGCUUGAAAUGGAGGAGGCCAGGCUGGAGAAAGAGCUUUCUCAGCGGGACUCAAAGCAGGAAGAACCCAGCUCGGAGGAAGGUUAUAGUUGGUACUUUUGGAGCACAGUUUCUUUCGUCAUAUUCUUUGCUAUUGAGAUGUGCAGGGUGCAGGGUGGUGCUGACACAGAAAUCCGGCCGGUUGAGGAUGAAGACAUGCUUUUAGAGAGUGGAUCCAUCACCCCCAGGACGAUGGUGCUGGAUAAGGAUAUCCUGAGCGACUUCUGUGACAAAUGCACCUACACUUCAGCCCAUGAAAACUGGAGGGUGAGGGAGUUUGUUGAGGGUUUUGCCGAUGACUUGCUUGAAUCGCUCAGGAGUGUAUGUGACAGGGAGGCAGACAUGGAGGUCUGGGACUUUGUCGGGAUUGGAAGCAUGUUUGAGUCAUGGAAGGUUUGCAAGCCACUGAUGUGCGACCUUAUAGUGCCGUUCUUGCCUCCAGAUCCGUACUCCUUUCAGUUCCACCUGUGGUGCAGCCCCUCCAGUGACACGCCUCCCGACAUGCAGGGCUGCGGCAAGAUAAAGGUGACCAGGUUAGGUGAGAACGAGGAGGGCUGUCUCUGUGGCAGUGCUAACCUGGGAGAGGACAUGCUUUGUCUGUUGCAUGGCAAGGAUGACACACUCAAAGUGGACCAUAGUCCUGAUGAAUUACUGUGCUCUAGAAACACACAUUUCUUAGCCAAAGAUCAAGUCAUGAAGUGGUUUCAGAUCUCUGUAACCAAAGCUUGGGGACGCAUCUCUCACAAAUACGACUUUGAGGUCACUUUUCGCAACCUGGAUGCUGCCGGUGCUCUAAAGAUCCGAUUCCGUUCAGGGAAAGUCAUCGUAAUGAACAUCAUACCGGUGGUUCAGUUGGAGGAUACAGAUGCUUAUUUUGUCUCACACUUUCCAUCAAAUUGUGACAGCUUUCCUGACCCAUACUGGCCCCUCUCUUUUGCUGUCUAUGAGAGGAAUUUGCUGAAACAUUUCGCCAAACGCCUACCACAACAUUCCUGUCAUUUACACUGCCUUCAGAUAGUUACCUUCCUACACAGAAAGCAGACAGGGCUCACAGGAAAAAGUGCCCUGACUAACUACCACUUAAAGACCGCUCUAUUGCAUCUGUUGCUGAGUAAAAGGCCCUCCGUGUGGGGCAUUAAGAGUGUAGAGCACAGGCUUCGGGAUGUGCUCAGCUUCUUGCAGAGGAGCCUAAAUGAGAAGAGACUUCAUCAUGUUCUGAUUGGGAACAGUAAUGUGCCAAAGGAAGUCCAGGUACCUGAGAUAAUUCGCAAAGCAGAGCCCAUCAAUCUGUUCCGGUCUCUGGUGUUGCAGAGGGAACUUUAUGCAACAACAGUCAGGCAUUUCCACGAGAUGUUGAGAAAUGCACCUGUGCUCAUACAAGAGUACACACCGCAAUUACCAAAUGGAGGUUUACACCAGACUCGAUGAAAGUUUCUGAGCUUUGGCCAUUUUUUUUUUUUUUAUCAUGACUAAA